CCCAUGCUCCUCCCUGGAGUAAAACUGGGUUAUAAAGUGUUCAGUGGAUGUGGGACUGACAACCUGAUUCGAGCAGCGGUUGAGGCUGUGACUGAAACUGGCUCACGGGUCUGCAGUAGUGGGAGUCUGGCCGUUUUAGGUCACUCAUCCUCCAGCGUGAGUGACGGCAUUAACACCAUAAUAGGCGCUCUAUCUGUACCACAGGUGAUAAGAAUAUACUCAGCUCUUUUUAAAUGUAUGCACCUUUUUUGUCUUAAUGUGUUUUUAUUUUAUUUUUUCAAAGCUGAGUCACUUUUCUACAUGUGCCUGUUUAAGCGACAAAAAGCGAUACCCAACGUUCUUCAGAACCGUUCCAAGUGACAGCUUUCAAAGCACAGCUCUCGUGCAGCUCAUGAAAUUCUUUGACUGGCGCUGGGUGGGGAUCAUAUAUUCCUUCGGAACAUAUACAGAAGAAGGUACAGCGGCCUUUGUUAAGAAGGCAAAGAAGAUGGGAAUAUGUGUGGAGUUCAGCCUGAUGUUCUCUCAGACAUCUCAGAGAAGUUUUGAAGUUCUAGUGGAAACGCUGUCGAACUCCUCGUCAAGUGUGGUGCUGCUGUUAAUGCCCUCAUACGACGUCAGAUCCUUUUUGUCAGAAAUGGAGAACUAUAAAAUAACUGGAAAGCAGUGGGUUGGCAGUGAAGUUUGGGUAACACAGAAAGACCUAUUUUCUGUUGGGAGAAAGCACAUCUUACAGGGAGUGGUGGGCUUUGCCCUUCCUGAUGCACCUAUACAAGGACUUGGUGAAUUCUUGCUGAGCCUAAAACCAUCAGAUGAACCUCAAAGUGCUAUAAUUAGAAAGUUUUGGGAGAAGGUCUUUAAAUGCAGCUUCUCUUCAUCCCAAACCUCUAAUGUCUGUACUGGUGCAGAAGAUCUACGGAGAGUUUCUACUGUAUACACUGAUGUGACAUUCAGAGUGGAGAAUAAUGUAUACCAAGCUGUGUACGCUGUUGCACAUGCCCUGGAUGCACUACUGCAGUGUCAAAACGGCUUAAAUCCUUCCACAGGAAAGCCAUGUGUGACCAAGAAUGACGUCCAACCUAAAUUAGUGUGGGAAAACUUAAAACACGUGAACUUCAUAACAAAAAAUGGGCUCAAAGUUUUCUUUGAUGAAAAUGGUGACUCGGUGGCCCUUUAUGACCUUGUCAACUGGCAGAUUGAAGAUGACGGCUCUGUUCAUAUAAUACAGAUUGGUGAAUUUGAUGAUUCUCUACAAGAAGGCGGGGGAUUAAAACUAAAAGAAGACACAAAGAUAGUUUGGGGUGGCAACAGCCAUCAGGUGCCAAAGUCUGUUUGCAGAGAACCGUGUCCACCAGGGACGCGGAAAGCUCUCAAUAGAAAUAAACCUGUAUGCUGCUUCGAUUGCAUUGAGUGCCCUGAAGGGACAGUUAGUAAUAAGACAGAUUCCAUUGACUGUUUCAUCUGUCCGCCCGAAUUUUGGCCAAAUGAAAACAAAGACAAAUGUCUUCCAAAAUGUACCGAAUACCUUUCCCACCAUGAGCUCAUGGGGUCACUUCUGACUGGAUUGAGCACCGUUGGUGUGUUGUUGUCCCUUUUGAUAUCAAUAAUGUUUUUUACUCAUAAGGAAACCCCCAUUGUACGAGCAAAUAACUCUGAGUUGAGCUUUCUGCUUUUGUUUUCAUUAAAACUAUGCUUCCUGUGCUCCCUGACCUUCAUCGGUCGACCCACUCAGUGGUCCUGCAUGCUGCGUCACACGGCAUUCAGCAUCACCUUUGUCCUCUGUAUCUCCUGUGUUCUGGGGAAAACAAUGGUGGUCCUAAUGGCCUUCAAGGCAAGACUUCCAGGCAGAAAUGUGAUGAAAUGGUUUGGACCGGCACAGCAGAAGCUGUGCAUUCUUAUUUUAACCCUCAUACAAGUUGUGAUCUGUACUCUUUGGCUAACAAUUAACCCCCCAUUCCCACAAUUGAAUAUGCAUUACUAUAAAGACAAAAUCAUUUUAGAGUGCAAUCCUGGUUCUGCUGUUGGAUUCUGGGCUGUUCUAGGUUAUAUUGGACUUCUUGCUGUUUUGUGUUUUAUUCUUGCCUUUUUGGCUAGAAAGCUGCCAGACAGCUUUAAUGAAGCCAAACUGAUCACAUUCAGCAUGCUGAUAUUCUGUGCAGUGUGGAUCACCUUCAUCCCAGUCUACGUCAGCUCUCCUGGCAAAUUCACAGUGGCUGUAGAGAUAUUUGCUAUUCUGGCCUCCAGCUUCGGCCUGUUGCUUUGCAUUUUUGCUCCUAAAUGCUACAUUGUUAUUCUGAAGCCCGACCAAAACUCAAAAAAACAUUUACUGGGAAAAAUGCCACCAAGUACAAUGUAAUCUGUAUCUCCAAACUGAUCCUAUGGUGGAAGGAAAUCUUUACAGCAUAAUUUGUCAAAUAAUUAAUUUUUUUAAUAGCAUUUUGUG